AUGUUAGAUGUGGCUGAUAUUUCAUUCGCACCUCAGAAACAAGUUAUCCAAGAUAUACCCUUAUCAAGAAAUACCAUUGCUGCCAGAGUAAAUGAGUUGGAAGAUAAUUUGAAUAACCAUCUUAAAGACAAAAUUAAAGAAUUUAUUUUUUAUUCCAUUGCUGCGGAUGAAAGUACUGAUAUUAAAGAUACAGCACAGCUUGUUGUGUUUAUUCGUGGAAUCAAUAAAGAUUUUAUCAUUACCAAAGAACUAUUAAAAUGUCUACCUUUGAAGGAUACUACUACGGCUCAAGAUAUUUACCAGGCGAUUGAGCAAUUAAUUUCAAUUAAUGAACCCGAUUGGGGAAAAUUAUGUAGUAUUACGACUGACGGUGCACCAGCCAUGGUUGGAAAAAAUACCAGUGUUGUUACGAAAUUACCUAAGAAAAUUUCAGAUGAAGCUACACCUCAACACAAGUUAAUUGGAAUUCACUGUAUCAUUCAUCAAGAGUCCUUAGCAUCUAAAAUACUUAAAAUGGAUCAUGUAUUGUCAUGA